AUGAGUGUCAGUCAUAAAAGGAUAGCAAUUGUUGUCGAUAAUAGAAUCACUGGGCUGCCAAGAAACUUAAUACACUCCAUUCUGGAGCGCAUGCCCGUUAAAGAUGCAGCAAGAACGAGUAUCUUGUCAAGAAAAUGGCGAUACAUUUGGUCUUCACUCCCGAAUCUUGUGUUUGAUGAGCACUUCUUUGAGGAGAAUUCCAGUGACAAACCGUUUGGAGCACAAGAGUUCGUGAAGAUAAUCAGUAAAAUACUGUUACUUCACAUUGGCCCCAUUGUCAAAUGUACCAUCUACAUACCAUACAUAAAUUUUGAAUUUGAUUGCAAGCUUCACAUCACUGAAUGGCUGUUGUUCUUGACAAGGAAUGGUAUCAAGGAACUGUGCUUGGAAAAUCAUACUCUUCAACUGACGCGACUGCCUUCUUAUGUUUUCUCUUAUCCAGGAUUGACACAUUUGAACCUCAAUGGGUUUAAACUACCAAAUUCUUUUUUUGGGUUUCGUAACCUAAUUAGACUUGAUUUCAAGAAUGUUGUAUUUGAUAGGAUUAUAAGGAACCUUACAACAAAUCAUGCCCCAACUCCUACUACUGUGCCACUGCUUAAGAUUUUGACAUUUGAAGGUUGCAUUGGCGUUUACCAUCUUAAUAUCCAUGCCCCAAAACUCAAAAUCUUCUAUGCCAUUGAUAGUGGCAAUGUUAAUUCUACCAUUUUCAACAGCACCCCCAACCUGAGCAUGCUCUACAUUGCGCCGGGGAAGAGUGUUGAAAACUUCUCGCAACUUUUGGCUGCAGUUCCUGUUCCAAAGAGGAUUUCCAUUAUGUUUAAUCAUUUGAAUGAUCUCGUAUUGGAUGGACUAAGAUUUGAUGAUCUGGAUCAAGUGUCAUGUGUUCUAUGUUUGCUCAGAAGUUCUCCCAAUUUGAGAGAACUCUACAUAACGGUCUCUGCAGGUGGGGCCAAUGGCAUGGAGUCGGAUUUAAGUUAUUUGGAAGCACCGGGCUGCAUGGACCUUAUGUUGAACCAACUUCAGACUGUCAACAUAACUUCGAUCAAUGGAUUGAGGUCUGAAUUGCUUUUCAUCAAAUGUGUACUCGCGUCUUCUCCAUUGCUUGAGAAGGGUUUCGUUCUACUUCUCAAUGGAAAAUCCAGAGGAAUCCAGCCCCCUUACUCCAAGGCACUCAGCGUAGACGACGAUGAGAAGAGAGCCACCAAGCCAAUCGCAUCUCCUCCUCUUCCUCCUAUGCUUGCUGCUGCGGCGGAAAAGCAUUCUCCGCCGGCAGCUUCCGGCAACCCCUAUUGGACCGCUGACGGAUUCCCGCUAGGGCACGGCAGCGUCAUGGGCGAACCUCUGCGUCGAGCUCAGUGGGACUCCAGCCUCUUCGCUUUUCUCGGUCGCAACGAUGAGUUCUGCAGCAGCGAUCUUGAAGUUUGUGAGUUAAAAUUUUAA